AAAGUCAAAGAAAUGCUGUCAAAAUGUUUAUCGUCAAGCAAAAAUCCACAUAACAGCAAUGUUAAACAAAAUGACAAACCAAAAAAUGAAUUCCAAGAAAUAAAUUGUAAUUUGUUUAAAUAAAAAGACAGAAAACUGCAAAGCAAAAAUAUAAGUAGGAAUAAACGUGUUUUUUUUCUCUGUGAUGCUGAUGAGAGGCUUUCUUUACCCACAAUGCCCCGCGACACAACCACGUCAACACGUAGUGUGGAGCGUCCGCUAGCAACCUGCGCAGCCUCGUAGCUGCACGCGAUAGAUGUUCACAUGAUGCUACACUCUUCUGGCUUUGUUUAAAUCCAGGUUCUGGUGUCUGGUGCAGGACUUGUCAGACACUGGCCGAGCUGUAAGAUGUCCGCGGUGCUGUUCUCCUCCGUGGUGCGGGUGGGCGACGGCCUUCCUCUCUCUGCCUCCACCGACUACGAGCAGGACAAAGAGCUGCAGGAGACCAAGAGGCACCUCAAGGGCCUCUCCAAGAAGCUCGGCCAGUUCCCCGACCGCUGCACGCUGAAGUCCGGCCUCUACAAUGUCAAUUUUACGAGUGCCCUGGGAGUCGGGUACCUGAUGGUCUGCACUGCCAACUACCCCAACGUGCUGGCCUUCUGCUUCCUGGACGAGCUGCAGAAGGAAUUCAUUGUCACGUACGACCCCAAGCGGAUCCGCAGCGCCGUGCGGCCCUACUCCUUCAUCGAGUUCGACACCUUCAUCCAGAAGACCAAGCAGCGCUACAACAGCCCCCGCUCCCUUUCCACCAAGAUCAACCUGGCCGACAUGCAGACGGAGAUCCGGCUGCGGCCCCCCUACCAGCUGUCUGCUGAGGACCUGCAGGCCGUCAACGGCUCCUCCACCCGCAGCGCCUCCAAGUACAAAGGCAUCGCUCCCUCCCAGAUGCUGGAGCCGGUGACUCUUCCCGCCAUCGUGUCCUGCGUCCUGAGCCUCCUGUGUGGGGGCCUCAACCUGCUGAGGGGGGUCCACGCCAUCGAGAGCAUCCUGCAGAACGACGAUGAGGACUUCAAUUAUGUGAUUGCCUUCUUCCUCGGCACAGCGGCCUGUCUCUAUCAGUGCUUUUUGUUCUUCUACUUCUCGCUCUGGAGGAGCAUCAAGUCCUUCCUGGCGCUGGCGCUCAUCUGCCUGUCCAACGCGUAUCUGUACGAGCAGAGGAACGUGUGGCAGAUCCUCUUCCACGUGGCGGUGGGGGCCUUCAUGACGCUGCAGAUCAAACUGAGGCAGCCGCUGGGCAAGGCGCCGGACUACAACGUGUGAGGGGCGUCUGGGGGGGCGGCGUGUGAACCCAGCUCAGGAAGCAGACCCAUCAGCGUGGGCUUGUUGAAUCCUGUGGGGACGUUUGUCCCUGCACCUCCUUAAAGUGGUGAUCAGCCCAAACGGCUGGUUCUGCCCAAACAUUUCAGGAGCUCGGCCCGUUAGCGCAGUAGGCUAAAGCUAAGCUAACAGAUGUUCACCUCUAUUUUAUCCAAUUAUAUUACUUUCUGGAUAUAUGGGCAUAAAAAAACAGGACGUUUAGUUUUUUUUUGUACAGCUUUUGUUUUGCGUGUCUCACCAGCACUUUAUUUUGUACCGUGUGGACCGAGCCGGUGCAGAACUCUAUGCAAAGCUGCCCUCAUUCACCCUGUAUUUAUUAUCAAUGGAAUGUUUAGAUUGGAACAUUUGCAUUUGUUUGUUGUUUGCUUUAUUUUAAGAACAAGUCCUGCUGCAGGAUUACCCCCCCCCCCCUCACUGGGUCACAGUCCUCGUGGAGCUCGGUGCUCCUCAUUUGGUUCCAGGAGGAUUUCCUGCCAACAUUCCCAAUAAAACAGUGGAGCGCCAUGAGUCAGAGAGGCUCAUGGGAGGAUCUGAGGUCCACACCCACAUGACCUCACCGCUCUGCUCUGCAUGGCUUGUUUGUUUUUUAAAGAACGUGCUGAACAUGUUUGUAAUGUUUUAAGAUGAAGAUGUGUAUCAUUAUUAAAGAUAUGUAGGCCGUUA